UAGAGAGGGCCUGCUCGCUCGUUUUUACCCCACUGUUUUCAAGCGCCAUCUGUAUCUAUUAACUACAACUACGGACACACAUAGUAUAGCUACACACAUGUCACAACUUGAAGAACCAUUCAAAUUAAUUUCUACUGACACUAAUGUUGCAGCAACUGAUAACCGAAUAUUCAAUAUGGCCGGGAGUGACGAUAGCAAGCCUAAUGGAAUGGAUGGAGACAAAGUUGAUGAAAAUAAUGCAUCAACACAAAAUGAAGAAAAUAUACGUGAAGAAUAUGAUCAAUUAGAUGUGAAAUUGGAUGAGCUGAACCAAGCUUUGGAUUUCUUAGAACAGAAAAAUGAUGAUAUCCACCAGCGAUUAAGGGAGUUGUUGCAAUCUAACAGAGAAAUAAGAAAAGAAAUGCAAAAUGGAAAACAAGAGAGUCAAUGAGAUUUGACUAGAUUUAUUGUUAACAAUAUUAAUUUGUUGAUGGUAUUAUUAAUUUAUUAGUGUCUUUUAAUUACAAGGAAUGGCAAGUUUUUCAUGACUUUCUAAACUGUUUUUUUUACCUGAAUAUUUGCAUUCUUUAAAUACAAUGUGAUAUUUUACUAUGUUUUAGAACAAUGAGGAGGCACAUUUUUUCUUUAAGUCUUUUGUACUCUUAACUUACAGCUGAAGAAUGUCUAGCGCUUAAGAAGAACUCCUUUAGAUUGUCAUCAAAUAUAAUUUAGAUCAGAAAUAAAUAUAUUAUUC